AUGGCUGCCGCUCAAGGAUAUCCUCUUCUGUGCCUGGAGAAUCCUCUCCUUGACAUUCAGGCUCGUGGUGAUGCUGCUCUCCUCGAGAAGUAUGGCCUGAAGGACAACGAUGCCAUCCUCGCCGAGGAGAAGCACAUGGGCAUCUACGAGGACCUCCUGGCCCGGGACGCUAAGCUGAUCCCCGGUGGUGCCGCUCAGAACACCGCCCGUGGUGCUCAGUACAUGCUUCCCGACAACCAGGUCGUGUACAUUGGCUGCGUCGGUAACGACAAGUACGGCGCUAUCCUCAAGAAGACCUGUGAGGAGGCUGGUGUUCACACCGAAUACCGUGUCGACGAGACUCAGCCCACCGGCAAGUGCGGUGUUGUUAUCACCGGUCACAACCGUAGCAUGUGCACCCACCUCGCCGCUGCCAACGAGUACAAGAUCGAGCACCUAAAGCAGCCCCACAUCUGGUCCCUCGUCGAGAAGGCCCAGGUCUACUAUGUCGGUGGCUACCACCUGACUGUCUGCGUCCCCGCCAUUGAGGCUCUGGGUCAGGAGGCUGCUGCUAAGAACAAGGUCUUCAUGCUUUCCCUCUCUGCCCCCUUCAUCCCCCAGUUUUUCAAGGAGCAGCUGGACACUGUCCUGCCCUACACCGACUACACUUUUUGUAACGAGACUGAGGCUCGCGCUUACGCCGCCAGCCACGAGUGGGGUACCGAGGACGUUGUCGAGAUCGCCAAGAAGCUCGCUCUUCUCCCCAAGAAGAACACCCAGCGUCCCCGUGUGGCCAUUGUCACUCAGGGCACUGACCCCACUGUCGUUGGUAUUGCCUCCGCCGACGGAAACGUUGAGAUCAAGCAGUUCAGUGUCCACGAGAUCUCCAAGGACGCCAUCAAUGACACUAACGGUGCGGGUGAUGCGUUCGCCGGUGGUUUCUGCGCCGGUAUUGUCUCGGGCCAGUCCCUUGAGGACAGCAUUGAUAUGGGUCAGUGGCUGGCCAGCAAGAGCAUCCAGGAGCUUGGACCUUCCUUCCCCUCCCCCAAGCAGACCUACUCCCGCUCUUAA